AAACAUCGAUAGCACGAAUAGCCGCCGCCUUUUGUUCCAGCCCCAUAGUAAACACGUGCAGUUGUGUUUUGUUGCAAUGGGAAAAGUCCGGAAAGUGAAAACGCGGACGCCAUCCGGCGUGGACACUUCUGCGGAAAUUGAUCUAGAAUCGGCGGGCGAAACGGAGGGCGUCGGACCAAUCGAGGCAAUUUGCCUGCACCUGCAGCGAGCGGACGUGGAGGAAAAGCUGAACGGACUGCACUCCUUCGCUGUGCUGGCACUGCGAAAGGAGAAGGUUCCCGAAAUACGUGACAGCGAGUUGGUCCGGAUUGCGGCCCCCCUGCUGUGCGAUAAGGAGAGCGCCAUCCGGAAUGCGGCGGCAGGUGCCUUUCGGAAUUUCUCGGUGUUUGGCACGGAGGUGUGCGAUUUCCUCGUGGAUAACGACGUACUGACCCCCUUGCUGACCCUGGUCCGUAGCUAUGAUCUGACUAAAAAUGGAUUCGAGAACGAACUGCAUGCGGACACCUUCCAGCAAGCAAUACAUCUGCUCCGAAAUCUUUGCGAGAGCUCGCCCACAGCUACAGAAGCCCUAAACCAGGCCAACUUCCUUUCCAGCCUGCUGCUGGGCUUCGACUACAGAAAGUUUGGCCUUGAAAGUGCAAUUUCAGUUGCCCAACUCGUACUGGUGGUGUCUGAGAACAACUCCAGCUCGUGGAACGUCCUGGCCAGCAGUAACGUACUACCUGAGCUUCUUGUGUCUCCCACAGAAAGCCACGCGCAGCUUUACCUUAACGCCUUAGCCGCUGGUAUCUUGUGUAAUGUCCCCGCCUGCGCGGCCGGACACACUCAGGAAAUUCUGAACAGUCUGGACAAACUACUAGCCAUUGAUCCCCAGGCCCAGCUGCAAGGCUGCAAAACCGAAAUUCAAAAUGUAAAGUCGAAGAACGAGGCACCCGUGCUGGAAAUCUCUAUGGAGACGGAGGAGAUGACGGAAACACAGAGUGCCAAUCAGUCCCAACCAAACCAUUGCGAUGCCGAAGUAGCACUCAAAAACCUGGAGUACCUGCUAGAUGCCCAGCGCCUGGUGGCGGAGAUUAUUACCAACCUGGGCUCCAGCGAUGAACAGAGUAACUGGGAUACGGAUAGCGAGCAGUCAGAGUCUGAGAGCGUGGCCGAUUACGAAAUGGAGGACGAGACAGCUGACAGUGGAUCAGGAGGACUCCCCGCCAACUUCUUGGAGACCAUCAAACAAAACAAAGUGAUCGAGAAAUUGUGGCAAAAGGCUCAACCACUGCAACCAGCUGUGGCAAAUAUAGUGUCCCAGCAGGACAAUAUCAAGGAGAAAGUGGCAAAACUAAGAGUGGCCUACUUGAUUUGCCUCCAGAACCUGUGCAAUGUACUGCCCGCUGAAGAUUUGGGCGGCUGCCACGACAUCUAUAACAUGUGGAUGAUUUUGUGUCAACAAGCCUUUAGGGGAAACGAAGAUGUAGCCGUUAUGGAGGCCAUUACUUCACUAAUGCGUUCCUCUCUGAGUUUGCUCAAGUCUCGCAAGGAUCUUUUUGGCCAAAUGACGGAGAAUGACCUGAACAUGAUUAUCGAGGGAGCUAGCAAGUGCACAGAUAUAAAUAUCCGCGUUAACUGGAACCGCAUGCUGGGCACGCUGGGCUCUCUGCUCUCAGAGCCUCUGGUUAAGGCAAUAGUGCUCUUCCUAUUGACUUAUUGUGCCCAGGAAGAUGACCUGUGGGCUCUGUCUGAAGGACUCGAUGCGCUAAUGGACAUUUUCGCCGUGGACGACUGGCCGCAGAUCAUCGCGGACUUGGAGAUGUGCGAUCGCGUCCAGGCACUAGAGGAGUUGUUCAAAUCGAAGCUGCGGCAGCAACGACGGGAGCUCAAGGAGCGACGAGCCACAGUGCAAACAGUGAAAACAAAUUUCGCACGAUUUGUUUUCUAUCUUAAAAAGAACAGUAAAAAAUAAAUUAGCCCGACCACUAA